GUAAUAACUGGCACUACCUAGUGAGUGGCUGCCUGCUGCAGCCCGCCUGCAGCUACUGGUAUCCCGGAUCCGAAUGCACUGGGCUUUGCACUGAGCAAGGACCUAGGUGUCACAGAGUACCUAGAGUCACAGGAUUUGGAGGCAGAGUCAGAAGUCAGCUAGGUAGUGAGGGCUGCGCUGCAAUGGAGGACGCAGCUGACCUGCCAAGCAAUUGAUUCCAAGAAGGAAGCAAAGAUCGGGUAGCAUGGACAACGCUGGCAGCAUGGCUGGCAGGCGACAGUCUCUUCCUGCUGGAGGCAAGCCAGCGGCGUUUGGCAUUACAAAGCAGGGCAGGCAGUCCUUGGACUCGGCAGCAGCUAGAAAUUUUCUGAACUCGCAAAACGUACCUGGCAGUCAGCAUUCGCCAACCUCAGGCAGGCAUCCAGCACUCCUGCCACCAGGAAUGAGCCCUCCUGCAGGGGUAAAGAAAGCAGGGUUGAGCGAAAAUGUGACGGUGACUGUCCGAUUCAGGCCUCUGAGCGUUCGUGAAGCCAGGCGGGGUGAGGAUGUUGCCUGGUAUGCUGAUGGCGAUCACUUUGUGCGCCUGGAGACCAAUCCAAACAUCUGCUAUGCAUUUGACAAGGUGUUUGGCCCUGCGUCAACCACGCGUGUGGUCUAUGAUGUGGCAGCACAGCAUGUGGUACAAGGAGCCAUGAAUGGAGUAAAUGGGACUGUAUUUGCAUAUGGAGUGACCAGCAGCGGCAAGACACACACGAUGCACGGCGACAAGAAGUCACCGGGUGUGAUUCCACUGGCCGUCAAAGACGUCUUCUCCUUGAUCCAAGAUGCUCCUGACCGAGAGUUUCUCCUGCGGGUUUCAUAUCUGGAGAUUUAUAACGAGGUCAUCAACGAUCUUUUAGACCCUGCUCGGCAGAAUCUAAAGAUCAGGGAAGAUCCGCAAGGAACAUAUGUGGAAGGUGUCAAACAUGAGGUUGUCAUCUCACCCGCCCAUGCACUGUCGUUCAUCCAGAUUGGGGAAGCAAACCGCCACGUUGGAUCAACCAACUACAACCUGGUCAGCAGUCGGAGUCAUACAAUCUUUUGUCUGACAAUCGAACAGAGUCCUCGAGGAGCGGCAGCCACAAGGGAGCAGGUUGUCCUGUCCCAGUUGAAUCUGAUCGACCUUGCUGGGUCGGAGAGUUCAAAGGCCGAGACCACAGGCCUUCGCCGCAAAGAGGGGUCCUACAUCAAUCGGAGCCUGCUCACACUGGGCACAGUCAUUGCCAAAUUGAGCGAGGGAAAGCCGCAGCACAUCCCAUACCGGGAUUCGAAACUCACCCGCCUUCUCCAGUCAUCGCUCAGCGGUCAUGGGAGGAUCUCUUUGAUCUGUACCAUCACUCCAGCCUCGGGAGCACUGGAAGAGACCCACAACACAGUCAAAUUCGCGAGGAGGGCCAAGCAUGUGGAAAUCGCUUUGGAAAAGCACAAGAUCAUGGACGAGCGGUCUCUGAUCAAGAAGUACCAGCGGGAGAUCAACGAAUUGCGGCAGGAACUGGAGAGCCUGCGGGCCAGUAUGGCUUCUGAUCAGCGCUCACUACCUGACCUCAGGGCGUCUCCUUCUGCAAGCGAGGAAGAUCUGACUGCACUUCGCCAACAGAUUGAAGAAGAGCAGAAUGCCAUGCAAGCUCGCUUGGAGGAAGAGGAAGCCAACAAAGCCGCGCUUGUGGAACGCAUCAACCGUUUGACGAGACUCAUCUUGGUGUCGACUCAAGACUUCAGGGACGAGCCUUCGCCCAAGGAGCUGAGUACCACCAGGUUCCGGAGGAACAAAUCAUUUGGGGAGGAUGAGUUGUCCUUCUUGAGUUCUCGUGCUCGAGAGCCGUUGCUCCCUGCCACCAUGUCUCGAAAGACCAGCGAGACUGCCUCCGACAGUGGGGAGCUGGACUCGCCUGCACUGUCAGUGGUGGACGAGCCUGUCAACACUGACGAGAAGAAGAAGAAGAAAAGAGGCUUCUUGGGCCUGUUCAAGUCGAAAGACAAGGACAAAGAGAGCCCCUCUCUCGGGAAGAAGGAGGGCAGCAAGCCCGUCCCAAGCACGCCGCCAGCCGCAUCUGGGGGAACAUCGCCGCUGCAUCCGCUUCAUCGGACGGCAAGCCUGGUCCCCAGCAGGACAGUUGAGAUGGUGAAGGAGAAAAGUACAGCUGGGGAUCUCUUCACUGCUACCAAGCGAGGCCUCGAGAAGGCACAUACGGGCCAGACGUAUGUUGACCAGCUGGACCUGCUGCGGGAGCAAGUCCGGUUGCUCGCAGACGAGAUCAAGCUGCGGGACAGUACCAUCAGGCGACUCUCGGAACAAGCGGAGGGACACCCCGCUCAAGAAGCUCAGAUUACCGAGAAGCUGGAGAAGUUGCGCGCCGAGGUGAAGGAAAAGCGGAGGAACGUGGCCGUUUUGGAAAGCCGCAUCCAGCAGCAGAUGGAGGCGGACGUAGAGAAGACGCCCGCACAACUGGUGGAUUCUGUCAACCGGCUCAAGGCAGCGCUGGGUGAAAAGGAGUUUGCGGUCGAGAUGAUGACCGCGGACAAUCGGAUCCUGCAAGAGCAGCUCAAAGCCAAGGCACAGAAGGCGAAGAAGGUGGAGGAGGAGCUCGUCCAGGUGAAGGCAGCGCUUGCCGCUCGCGCCGGGGAGGCUAGCCCCGCCAGCCCCUCGGCCCCUGCCCAGGAGGUCGCUGCAGUGGCAACAGGAACGGACGCGUCGACCGUAAGCAGGGCGUUGGACUUCGAUGGGGUUGUGAGCAGGGAGACGCAGGCAGGAGCGGCACACAGCGAGCAGGAGGACGAGUGGAGGCUGCAAGUCCUGUCCAAGGUUGCAGAGAUCGAGGCUCUCAAGUCGCAGCUGGAGUCGCUCGUAUCAGAGAAGGAGGCGCUACGCCUGGAGAACGAGCAGCUGCGGGCCAGCCAGGAGAAUGCGGAAGCUCGAGGCGCGCUUGCAGCAGCGUUAGCCCAACAUGGGACCGCAGCACGCCGAGAAAACGGCGACAGCGCCCCUAGCGAGUGGGCAGCGAGUAGGGCCACACCACCUGCAGAAGUCCGAGGGCAGGCUGACGGUGAGGACGGGUCCGACCAGGGUCCAGAGGGCCCCAAGGCAGCGAAUGGCAGCCAGGACGUGGAGAGCGAGGGGGCAGGCGGAGGCAGGGCCAUGGCAGGCAAGGCCAGCAUGGCAGAGGAGAGCCCCGGGGCGCGCUCAGGCGGGGCCCGGGCGAGCGCCCCAGAUGACCUGCAAAGGCUCUCCGAGGACAACCGAGCCCUGCGAGCUAAACUGGAUGAGCUGCGCAGCAAGAGUGGAGCCUUGCUGCGCUCCCCAGGCACCCCUCCAGCUCCGAGCCGGGACGCGAGCCGGCCCUCCACCCCCGCCACGCCAGGCCCACAGCAGACCGAACCGGCUAGCAGCCCAGCAGCGAGUGCCACGCCGGGCCCGGAAUCAGCAGGGGACCUGAUCGAAGAUGCCCGCCUGAACAAGGCAAUGAGGUCGGGAGGCAGCAGCCCGCUCCUGCCGCGCCUUAACGGGGAGGGAGCAGGCUCUCCGGCGGCCAAGCCCGAGGCUGUGAGCGAUGCACGGGGCUCGACAGUUGAGACAUGGAACGGGGAGCGACGCCUCUACACAGGCCGGAUCAUGGGAGCGGAGCAGGAGAAGGCGCUGAUGAAGAUGCAGAAAAUGCUGGAGGAGGCGCGCAACCGCGAGGCCCGCCUCGAAGCGGAGCUCGCUAAGGCUCGCCGAGUGUCCAAAUCAGGCAGCAGCAGUGAGGCGGGGGUGGCAACAAGCCCCGACGGCACUGCCGUAGCAGCUAACGAUAAUGUUUGCAGUGGCUGCCUCCGGCAACCCGCAACCACAGUCCUGCUGCCGUGCCGGCACCUCUGCUGUGAGCUGACCAGCCUGGGCGCAUAACUUCUGCAGCCCGAAAUCGAUUCUCUUGCUCUGGGUCAAUCAAUCAAUCAAUUUAUUUUAUA